AAAUAUAAGCCUGUGUGCAUCCAGUCCAGCAAACACACCAACAGCCAAGCCCUUAAGACAACAGUUCAGUGGAACAUGUCUUCCAUCAAGAUAGAGUGUGUUGUCAGCGAGACGUACAAGAUUGGAGAGUCGCCAGUUUGGGAGGAGAAAGAUGGAACACUACUGUUUGUGGAUAUUACGGGCCAAAAGGUUUGUCGGUGGGACCCUGGUACUAAGAAAGUGCAGAGUGUAUCACUAGAAGCCCCAGUAGGCUCUGUUGUCCUUCGGAAAUCGGGAGGCUAUGUUAUGGCCAUGGGCAACACUUUUUCAGCUCUGAAUUGGCAGGACCAGUCUGUUACAACUCUUACAUGUGUAGAUGAGGACAAGCCAAACAACCGAUUUAAUGAUGGCAAGGUUGACCCGGAGGGAAGAUUUCUUGCAGGCACCAUGUCCCAAGAAAUCCGCCCAGCAGUAGUGGAGAGGAACCAGGGUUCAUUGUUCACCCUCUAUCCUGACCAUUCUGUUGUGAAACACUUUGACAUGGUUGAUAUCUCUAAUGGAUUAGACUGGUCUCUGGAUCACAAAACCCUCUAUUAUAUAGACAGCCUGUCCUUUAAAGUUGACGCCUUAGACUAUGAUAUGAAAACUGGCAAAAGCUCAAAUCGAAGGACUCUAUACAAACUACAACAGGAUGAAGGAAUCCCAGAUGGCAUGUGCAUUGAUGCAGAAGGGAAACUUUGGGUAGCCUGUUAUAAUGGAGGAAGAGUGAUUCGCAUAGAUCCAGAAACAGGAAAGCAAAUCCAGACUGUAAAAUUGCCUGUAGAUAAAACAACAUCUUGCUGCUUUGGAGGCCCAGAUUACUCUGAGAUGUAUGUGACAUCUGCUUGUGAGGGGAUGGAUGAAGAAUGGAAAAAACGCCAGCCCCAAUCUGGAGGAAUAUAUAAAAUUACUGGACUUGGUGUAAAAGGAAUAGCACCGACUGCAUUUGCUGGGUAACCAAAAGCUACUAGAGCCCAAGCAACAUUGGGGAAUGGUGACACUGUAUUUGCUUUAAGUACAGACCUCCAAUGUUAGUGCUGACUCGUCUGACUUCAAAUAAAAAAACACAUCUGUUAAUAAAACCAUCACCUUUUUUACUUCUAAUGUUUACAGUGUUUGUUGAGUUCCCUGUUUCACUUAUUAUGCUUGGGCUGUCUGCCUGUGCCUGUCUUAAAGAGUGUGCUGUACCAUAAAGUAGUUGGCAAAUGCUUCACUCACAGUACUGUAUGUAAGUUUUUCACAAACCCAUUAAUUUUCCCUGCAACUGACACCGUCAGUUUAAUAAAGAGUACCAAUAUUUA